AUGGGUUUUGCGCGCGUGGAACGUGCGGCCCAUGCGAAAUUGACAAAAUAUUUGGCUGACAAAAUCGCGUUUAUGUGCAGAAAUCUGAAAAUUCUCACAGAAAAUGGAGAUCCAUCGCAAGGCUGCCAACGCAAAGCGAAUCUUUUCGAUGUUGUAUUCAUGUACAAGCUAGCAGGAAUUGAUUUAGGUAAACUUGAAGACUACGUUUCUACUGUUAAGCCGUUUCCACCAGACCCAGAUGAGGAAGUUUUAAAAUCAGAUGAUCACAAUGGAUCGUACUCUCAGUCAAAUUCGAAUGGUCGCGUGAUUGAAGCAACAAGCAGAAAACACACAGAAUGUGCCGGAACGACUAAAACAAUGCCCUCAUCAAUACCACAUUUCGAUGAUCUUGAUGACCUGCAACUUGGUUUUAAUUAUUACAAGCCGGUUGUCCCAAAGGCACCUCCAAACCUAAUUGAUCCGUUGCCGCAGAAGCCAGCCGAUCAGAGAAACCGAAAAUCGUCUUCAAAGCUGACCGAUCGCUCGCUUACUUUUAAUACUGAUAGUGACGCAAUAUCGACAAAAAAGUCGCAUUCGUUGCCAACUGUCUUUGAUCGAGCUGGGAGUUCAAAGCCGAGUUUUCUAAUCUCGCCAAUCAAACCGAUUAAUGCUCGUCCAGAACGACCGAAACAACGUGGACGUAUACCGGCUUAUAGGCGCGAAUUUGAGAGGCGUCAUGAGGAGCGAUUGAGAUUUGAGCAGCAGAUGGAACUAAAACGAAUAAUGGAGGCUAAACAAAAGUUGAUUGACCGCCAACCUAAAAUGAGCAAGAGACAGCGAUUGAGCGUUGUACCCGUAAGCUCGCAUGACUCAAAAGAAGAGGAGGCGGCAAGAGGAUGGGAAGCGGACGAGGUCAGUAGAAUACAGCCGUCUGAUACAAACCUCCAUGGUGAUAAUUAUCCGGACCGCAAUGUGUUUGUCGAUUUGAAACACGAUAAAAGUUUGGUUCUCAAAAUUCGAAAACAUAGAACAUUUUCCUCUGAGCCAGUCUUCAAAAAACGUCCGAAGAUACGGGUUGUACCCCCAAAACCACCGGUCAUCGUCGUUCGUGACAGAGAACCCAUUCCGAAGUUAAGCAUCAAUUUCAAGCGAAUUUCGGAGGACAGUAUCAUCGUGAAACGAAUGACCCAAAAUAAUUAUGAGCAAGUGGAUUAUAAUCAAUGGAAAACGAUUGAGAAAUGGUCGCAUUAUAAUGCUCUCUCAAAAGUUGUGCCAAGAAAACGUGUUCCUCUGAGAAUCCGUCUUCGUCGUAUGAAAGACCAGUACGAAGUUGUUGAAUGCAAAUGA